GCCUCCUUAUAACCCGGUUCACUACAGUCUGUGCUCCCCUAUCGCUCUAUUAUAGUAAUUCCCUGCUGCUGCUGCUGCUGCUGCUGCUGCUGCUGCGUCUUCUGGGAUCGAGUGGGUGGAGCUUACAGAUCGCGUUCGGCAUUUUGUCCUGAGCAGGCUUCCGUAGAGCGAGUGCAGCUGCUAGAAGCAGGUGCCUUAGUUACCUAGCUGGGUGUUUCUAUAUCGCAAGUACCGGCGCUGACGUCAGAGCGGAGCGGGACCCCCAAGAGGACUGUGUACAGUGCGGCCUCCGGUAUCAGGGUGCCCCAUCUCCCACCGGUCUCCACUGACUGUCUGCUUCCUGGAGCUGUAGAUGUGAUGUCACAGCGCCGCUCUGCCAAUCACUGGCCACGCCUCAGAUAGUGAUUGGCAAGCAGGACUGACAGUUUUGCUGGAUGCAGAAGGUUGGAAAUUUACCACCUACAGCACCUAUUUAAAUUAUUGUUGAAGUCUUCUCUCUGGGAAGUUAUUCUCUUUAGCUAUGGCUUCUGCAGUGGUAAGCAUGGUCCCCACCACGGCAUCCCGCUUUGCUUUGCUAAAAGUAGACAGCAGCAGUGAUUCUGAAUCUGAGAAGACAAAGGGCACCCGCAGUGGAGGAAAACUGCGCGGGUCUGCUGCAGGUGGAAAAAACAAUACAAAUGAUAAAAAGCGGGAGAAAAGGAGGAAAAAGAAAGAACAGCAACAGAGCGAGGCAAAUGAGCUGAGGAACCUUGCCUUCAAGAAAAUUCCUCAAAAGUCUUCACACGCCGGUAGUGGCCCUCAGCAGGACAUUGCAAUACAGAAUAUACCUAAAGAUCCACAAGAGGAAGAUUGGCAGCAGUGGCGGCAAAAAGACGAACAGAUUACAUCUGAUAUGUAUGAAGCGGAUCUUGAAAAAGCCUUAAUGCUAAGCAAGCUUGAAUAUGAAGAACUAAAAAAGGAAAAUGACAGUGGGGAAAAUGUAUCACCUCAGUCAAAAAGAGCAAAUAAAAAAGAUAAACGAAAGAACCAACAAGGGAAGGAUAAGCCUCUCACAGUGUCUCUAAAAGACUUUCAGUCAGAAGAGCAGUCUGCAAAAAAACCAGAGGAUGCGAAGUCCCCUCUGAUGUUACCUCAUGAACAUGGCUUUUUUAAUAAGCUGGAAGAUGAUGUGACCAAAAUACUUCUCAAAGAAAAAAGAAAAGAAAACUCUGUUCCUGAAGUAAUGGAAGGCAUUGUAUCAUCUGAUAAUUGUACGGAACCUGUCCUAAAAGAUGGAAGAGCAGAGAUAUUGAAGCUGGAAUUAGAAAAGAAAGACACUCAGAUAAAGCUUCUGAAGAGCCUCAUCUCACAAUGGGAGGUUAAAUACAAAGAAGUUAAAGCCAGGAAUGCACAAGUUCUUAAAAUGUUACAAGAAGGUGAAAUGAAAGACAAAGCUGAAAUUCUUCUGCAGGUUGAAGAGCUCAUGACUAUAAAGAAUGAAUUAACAUUACAGGUCACAGGUCUGCAUGCCGCUUUAGAACAAGAGCGAUCCAAAGUAAAAGCUCUACAAGCAGAACUAGUGAAAUACCAGGGUGGUAAGAAAGGAAAAAGGAACUCUGAAUCUGACCAUGGCCGAUGAUCAGUUGUUUUCCAUACCUGAAGAGGAGAUGGAGCCUUUUAUAAAAAGCACUAACUUUUUCCUGCAGAGUUUAAAUACUGCUGUUCAAUGCCAUACAUUGUUAGUUUUUCAGGACUAAAUAAAACGUAUUCUUCCAUUUGCAUACUUGGUCUUUACACAUCAAACCACUUAAAACCAUGUAAAAACUGAACUUUGUAUUAAUGAAUUAGCACCUAAACUAAAUGCUAAAACUGGCAUUGCCAACAACUACUAAGUUAUAGUGUUUUGUUUUUUGUUAAUCCAUUUUAGGCCAUAAAACAGCCUAAAAUGGAAUUUUUUCCCCAUUUUAUUGGGAAGAGGGCUCCUUAUUCCCACUUAUGUUAUGAGCAAAAUUGCUAUGCUGCAAAAUUGUGUCAGGAAAAGUUUAUGGGCUAUUUGUGGACACAUUUUGUUACAUAAACCUCAAGACAGAUUUUUUGAACUUAAGCAAAAACUCUAAUGCAAUAAACAGCUAAUACUGAGGCAUAAUGUUGGACUGGUGAUUUA